AUGGCACUGGGAAGGCUCGUGGAGAAGUGCCGCCAAGGGCUCCAGCAGGCAGCAGCUACGGUGAGAUCGGUAGCUAGCCCUUCGAAUUCUUCUUGUAGCACAGCCGUCCCUUUGACUUCUUCUGCUAACCCUCGUCGUGAGCAGCUGCCAAGAAGACAGGCUUCCCCCCUGCGAGUCUGUAGAGGCUUUAGAGAGGCCAUCGGCGAGACGCCUCUCCUCAAGUUGUGCGGGGCCUCGGCAGAGACUGGCUGCAACAUUUGGGGGAAAUGCGAAUUCUUGAAUCCUGGGGGGUCCGUUAAGGACCGGCCUGCAGUGUACAUGCUGCAAAGGGCAGAAAGAUCAGGCAAGCAAGGCGGCUGGGUGGUGGAGGCAUCGGCUGGGAAUACCGCCAUUGCCUUAACACUUGCCGCCAAGGCAAAGCAGUAUCGGGUCGUCUGCGUGAUGCCUGACACGCAAACAGAAGAAAAGAAGGACCUGCUGAUGACCUUAGGUGCCGUGGUGUUGCGCGUGCCCUUCCAAAAAGUAGCACAUCCCAACCAUUACACGAAAAUCGCUGAGCGACUGGCCAGCACUAUAGGCGGCUUCUAUUGUGGGCAGUUUGACAAUCAGGCAAAUCGACAGGCGCACUUUGAGACAACUGGGCAAGAGAUCUGGCAGCAAACAGGAGGAAGAAUACACGGGUUCAUUUGUGCAGCUGGCACAGGGGGCACUCUGGUGGGAACUGCUUCUCGCCUUCGGCUGAAUAGCUGCUUGCAGCGCGGCAGGAGAGCACCGGACAAGGAGAAACUGCCCUUCCUAAAGUCGCCUUCUCCUUACCCGUUAGCCUGUUCAGACGCUCCUCUGCCGGAGCGCAGUCUCGCUGCAGAAGGAGGAUCUGCAAAACAGGGAUCCAUACACUGCACACGCGACAUCCACCUGCCAACCUCGAAAUCUGUCACGGAGAAGCGUCUGGCACACUUGGUCGCCUCUGGAUGGCCUUGCAUUGGCAUUGCCGACAUCCAGGGAGCCGGGCUGUUCCGACUUUACACCACAGGGACGCUUGACGCAGAGGGAACCUCUAUUGUGGAGAACGUGGGACAAAACCGCGUGACCGGCAACCUCAAAGAUUUUUCUCCGGAUUUCGCAUGCGAGGUUCCGGAUGCAGAAGUGCUCACAUGGACUCACCGCCUUCUUCAAGAGGAAGGCUUGCCCUUGGGAAUGACUUCUGGACUAAACGUGGCAGGCGCUGUGCGCCUCGCGAAGGCAUUAGGACCCGGUCACACCAUCGUCACCGUGCUGUGCGACUAUGGACAUCUGUAUAAAGCGAAGCAGUGGAACCCGCCAUUUCUCCGUUCGUUGUCUCUCCCGGAACCGAGUUGGAUGCAGGCUGAAGUACUUCCUGAAGUGCUCACGGCACUGCAGUCCAGCAUCCUCCCAGUAGAUGAGGGAAAUUCUUCCAACGUAUGA